UGUUUUAUUUUGAAAGUACACUUAAUUGUUUUCCGGGUUUAAACCGAAUUUUAUCUUAUGCAACUGUACCGAGACAACAUUGUUAAGAGCUUCACUCUUUCUGGCAGGCAUUGAUUGGCAUAAGCAGUGGAGGAGUUAGCCCAUGUCUGUUGGUCUGCAAAGGAGCACUGUGUGGUGUCACCACUGCCAUCUUUGCCAUGCAGCUGGAGGUGCAUCUGCGUCUCUGCCAGAGUUGCCUUUGGUGCUGCAAGAGUGGACUGCGUCUCUUAUCCAGGAGUGCUGCACAAAGAAAAAGUGCCAACUACUAUGACCUACUGGGAGUCAAAUCCAACGCAACUUUGGAGGAAAUCAAAAAUGCAUUUUUUGACAAAUCUAAAAAGCUGCACCCAGACAGUGACCCUUCUAACCCAACACUGCACAGCCAGUUUGUGGAGCUGAACGAGGCCUACACCGUGUUGAGCAGGGAGCCCAGCAGGAAAGAGUAUGAUUUCAAAAUCAGACGUCCCUAUAAUGGAGGAGGAGAAGGUGGCCAGGUCUUCAGGUCGGCCUCCAGUCACACCAACUAUGGAACCAGCGGCGCGACAGCGCAGGACAACAUACGUUACUGGGAGCAAAUAUAUCAGUCCCACACCCAGGAAAUGUCCGUGGAGGAAAGGGAGAGGCGGCGCAAGAGAAACUUCCGCCUGGUGGCCUACUGUUUCCUCACUAUGGCGCUCAGCGUCGGGGCACACUUUAUCUUCUUCAGGAAGCUGGAAGAAGUCCACAGUAACUUUAUGGACGAGAAGGAUCGAGUCAUCACCGAAAUAUACAAGGAAUCCAAGGAGAGGGCCAGGGUCAACGGUUUUAAGAAACAAACGGAGAUCCUGCGGCAGAAACACACUGAGUUCUUGGAGAAAUACAGAAUUCGCAACGGCGGAGAGAAAUAGGAGGUUUCAUUAAGAUGGGAAUUAGUUUUCAAAUUUUUAUUAGUUUUGGCCGUCAUUCCAAUAUGUUUUUUCCCAUAAUGAGGAGGCAAACACAGAUUGAAGUGACUGGAAUGGCAUCACCGAUGACAUCACGACAAAGGCCGCUCAAAAAAGACAACAAAAAUCACCAGUGUGCGAAAGUGCAUCAUUAAACUGGUUACGUCCAGUUAAACAUA